GUUUCACCACAUGAUUAUGUUCAUCAUCUUGAUCAAAACUUCCAAAAACAUUUUCUGGACAUUUCAAGUAUUUGAAAUAUUUUCAUGGGAAAUAUUCACAAAUAAAUCUAAGUCACAUUUCCCCUAAAUGAUGAUCUUGCCAAGCUUCAUUUGAUUCCAAAUUGUUUAGCUUGGUCAGAUCAUCUAUAUUCAGUCCUGCCCUGUUUGAACUUAAAAAAAUCAAUUCAAACCAAACUCAAUUUGGAUCAAACUUCCUUGAGAGCAUCUAUCUCUCAUUCCAUCUAGUUUUCAUAAGGAAAUGGCCUAGCUAUAUCAUCUCUUCCAAACUCCAUUUCUACUCAAAACUUGAUUUGAAUGAAUCAAACUUCAAGUAAAUGCAAUCAAAACUUUGAGCCAAAUGACUUGCCGAGCUCCCCUUUGUCGGUUUCGGGGUGGGCCACGCGGGGCGGACCAUGAUGCAUAAACGAAAGGCUCCAGAAGACAUCGUGCACUCCAAGACGCUAGACUUAUCAAAUACUUGGUUUCCUCGUACAUAGCCAUCCAGGAUGUUGUAACCCUAGACCGCCCCUCGGUAUUUAUAUAAAUCGAGAGCUAGGGCUCAUAAAGGACAUGACGAUCUCAUGGUAGAAAAUCUGUACUUUGUAUCAAUCCAACGCAAUAAACGCAAGCAAGACGUAGGGUGUAUAUCUUUGAAGAGCCCAAACCCGGGUGUCGGUGUCAAAACCGGCAAUCUCGGGUAGAGGGGCCCAAGCUGUGCGUGUAAGGGUUCAUGGUAACAAUGGACAAAGGACACAGUGUUUACCCAGGUUCGGGCCCUCUUAAUGGAGGUAAAACCCUACUCCCGCUUGAUCAUAUUCGAAGGGUAUAGGGGUUACAAGAAUUGAUCUACCUCGAGAUCGUAUUGGCUAACCUUAGCUCGGCUAGCCUAGUAAUGUUAUGAUCCUGCCUUCGAUCUAACCGUCCGGUUUAUAUAGACACCAGAGGGGCUUAGGGUUGUACAAAGUCGGUUUAACAGAAAGGAAAUAGCAUAUCCAGACACCUAACUUGCCAUCCACGUAUACGGGAGUCCCUACCGGACAUGAGAGGUGGUCUUCUGCCUUGUAUCUUGAUGGCCCAUCAGUCCAGCCCAUAUCCAAUAGGCUGGAUGCCCAAGGACCCCUUAGUCCAGGACUCCCUCAGUAGCCCCUGAACCAGUCUUCAAUGACGACAUGUUCGGCGUGCAGAUUAUCUUCGGCAUUGCGAGGCAGGUUCCUUGAAUAAUACAUGUCAGCUUUCCACCGUAAGAGAAUUGUAUCCGUCUUUUCAUAAUUAACACAACCCUUAGCCACGAAGGCAGGAUAUAUAAAAUAAGAAUAGUGUAUUUUACUGACAACUUUUUUUGGCGAAGCGUCAUACUUGACCCUUCGACGUUUUGAACCAUUUUCACACUCCGCGUUCCAUGUUUCGAGGCCAAGACCCAUUGGCCCGUCUUGUCAAAACAGAGAUCGUGCCCACUUAAUACGUGAUUGCUCAUCAAUAGAAUUUUGGUAAUCCAACCGUUUACGACACACACUUUCAUUGGGAAUAGGCGAGUUUCAAGGCGCAAGUGGGGGGACGGUUGGCAUUUUUACUGCCUAUAAGAGGGCAAUGGAUUUCUCCUUUCUUCCUCACGCCUUCCAGUCUCCUCUGCCUUCCAAUCUCCCAAGCUCUCAGUGCCCGAAAAGUUUCCGUCUUCCUCACCACCACCACCUCCUCCGACCAUGGCUGGAUCUGGUCCAAAGGCAAGUGGGAGGCCUCCUCCAUCACGGAGAAGGAGAUAAAGGAUCUCCGGAGUGCAGGAUACCUUGCUACCACCAUCGCGCACAGGCUCCCCCCAAGGGCCAGAUCAUUCCCACUCCAGAGCCCGGCGAAAGGGUCGUCUUCCUUCCCCAUUUUCCUUAGAAGGUUAGGUUUUCCAUUCCACCCAUUCGUUCGCGGCCUUAUGUUCUACUACAGGCUAGAUUUCCAUGAUCUAGCCCCAAACCCUUUCCUCCACAUCUCGGCGUUUAUCGUCGUGUGUGAGGCUCUUCUCCGCAUUCACCCACACUUCGGCCUGUGGCUGAAAGUCUCCAAUGUGAAGCCGAAGGUGGUUGACGGGCAACACACGGACUGCGGCGGGGUCAUGAUUAGCAAGCUGCCCAACGCCACAUGGCCCAAGGGGGCCUUCGUCGAGACUGUCAAGAUCUGGCAACAAGAGUGGUUUUAUAUCACUGAGCCGCGCCACAGCAAGUGGGCGGCGAUUCCAGAGUUCAAAUCCGGCCCCCCCAUGAGGCUCAUCUCCUGGACCGCGAAGGGCCUUGACUGGGGGUCUCAGACGGAGGUGCAAACGUGUAUCACCAACGUACUAAGCAAAAACGUUGGUCUAACCAACAUAGUGCAGAUUAUGCUCUUCCGCUGCAUACUCCCCUGUCAGCGCCGGACUUCCCCCAUGUGGGAGUUCAUCCGGAGGAGCUGCGGACUCUGCAACAUUUCCUCGGCACGACGCACAAGGGAAUGUGGAAGCUACUCUUCAAGGCGCAGAAGAGAUGGCCCAUGGAGACCGAAGACGUCGGCCUCGAUGCCAAGAAUUUGGCCACUCUGGGCUGGACCAACAAGUUGGAGCGGAUUAAGAGUCUGACUCCGUUGCCUGAAGAUCCAGUCACUCCUCAGCUGGAGGAGAUGCUGGUCCCAACGCCCUAUCAGCCGCCGGAGAAGAAGACCAAGAAGAAGGGCAAAGGGCCCAAGGACGGUUCCCUCCGCAAAGGUCCUUCGGACGCAGUGUUCGGAGAGAACGAGGACGUCUUCUCUCACAAGGAAGACGAAGAUGAAGAGGAGGAGGAGGAGGAAGUGGAGAGCGAUUCCCGGCGCAAGAUGAGGAGGAAGAAGAGGACAACCUCCAAGAAUCCGGAGGGAGCAAUGCCGAAGAGGGAGAAGAUAACCCUCUCGGAUAGUUUGGACUCAGAGUCCAAACACAGCCCGAAGAGGGCCCCAAGGGAGAAGCCCCUGGCCGACACGUAAGUGUUGAAACCUUACUUGUUCAAUUUUCGCUUAAUCUGCACCUGUUAUAUGAAUCAUAUCUUUGUUUGCCUUUUUAGCCCUCCACGCGAGAUCCUAAUUCCCUCCUCUUUGGAGGGGAACUCUCUGCCACCUGAAGACGCGGAGAAUGACGGACCAUCGCGUGCCUUCUCCCCCUGCCAUGGAGGACACCGAUGUGUCGUCUCAAAGGACAUCUCCUGGCCGAGGAGGAGCGUACGAGGCCGUCCAAAAGGCGCCCGAGGAUAACACCUCGGAUGCCGUAGAGCGGGGCACGGCGACCCCCAUGACCACCGGAGGUGGGGGGCCUCAGCAGUUCGGGCCCUCGCCGAACACCGUCCCCGAGACCAAUACGGCUCCGGGUUCGGACCAACACCCCCUUCGACAGAGGGGGGAGGAGCAGCAGCUCCAUCGGCGACCUCUGUCAAUCCGGAGGCCGCUGAUACUCUGUAGGAAGCACUGCAACAUGCUUCCAUCAUGGAGGAACACCGCACCUUGAUGGGUGCGGUUAUGGAAAAGAUUCGGUCCGCAAAGAGCGGACUGACCGAAGCCUUGAACAGCCUACUGACGGGCUUUGAGGGUAUGCAAUGUAAUUCUCUUGCAAAUUUUUAUAUAUAUGUGCAAGGAUGAACCUAUGCAUAGAUAGUAGCCCAUGAGACUCUGUCCGGAUUAGAACGAUCUGGACAAAGGAUAAAAAACAAGUUGAUAAUUUUAUGUACUAUCUUGUUCGACAUGCUUCUAUGCUGGCGGCUGCUGCCCAGGCCGCAGAGGUUUCCGAGCUCAAUCGGAAGCUUCGGCUAGCCGAUGAGGAACUCGACCGUGUCAAUAAGCGGUUUGACAAAACCCAAGGUAUGCGACACUAUUACAUACCCGAAGUGAUAUGUGUGUGAAUUCUUUAAAUUUACUAAAUGUUAUGACUAUACUCACAGCUGGCGCAGCCGAGGUCGAGUCCCUCAAGAGCGCCCUCGCCCAAGCCAAGAAGGAGGCGGAGGUGAGCAAGGUGGUUGCUGACAAAGGGGCCAAGGAUUUGGAGGUGGAACGAACCGCCCGUGAACAACACAAGGCGCGGUGGGCGAGGUCGAAUAGGAGCUCAAGGACGUUAUCGCUAAAUGCGAGUCCUUAGAGCAGAAGAGUUCGGAACAGGCCUUCGAGCUCACCAAAGCUCUUGAGAGCAUGAAGGAAGCUCGUGUUGAAGCCCAGGGCACUCGCCAGGAGAUCCAAGAGGCGAGACAGAUAGCGGCUGGUAAGGCCUUUCUCAUGUAGAGUAAAUUUACAAGAAAGAGAUACAUUUUGCUGACCCGGGUUUGGCGUUCUCCAGGCACAUUUGCGGAUCUGUCGAGGAGUAUUGCUGACGCCGCCGAGUUCUUCCACGCCGAAGAGGGGAGCUCAACGAAGAAGCUAUUCUGGUCGCAGUACCUUGCACCAAAGUAUCCGGCGCCCCUCAGCGAUCAGCUGAAGCAGCUAACGGAGUUGCAUAGGGUGGCCCGACUAGCCAUGAAAGACGUGAUAGUCCGUCUUUGGCCAGCCGAGCCCAUACCCAGCAGCUACUUUGGACUUGUGAAGCGGCUGGUCAAGGCGCGUGUUGCUCAAAACGCUUUUGGAGCCCCGGUUCUAAGUUGUA